AGCCUGGCAAGAUAAAUCCAAGUGUCGCACCCACUAGUAAUCGUCACGCCGUGCAACCUCGCCCAACGGACCCCUCGGGCUGUGCUAAAGGCAGUCCCAUGACCAUGGCAGCCUAUUCAGCUUCGAGAUUCGGUUUGAUAUGGCGGAUAUUCUACUGUGAGAGUCGACGACUCGACUUGUUCGACAAGGUUCCUCUUGCAAGCGGCUCGGCUCUGCCAGAGCAACCUGCAACUUGCAAGCGCCCGCUAGGCCGCCUCGCCGGCAAGAGGGCUAUGCCUGCCAGAGCAAGAAACAGGCCCCUGCCCGACGGCGAUCUAUCCCACCGUAACUCGUGAGGGUUUCGGGUGGUAGGUAUUCCGCACCGUAACUCUGUCACCGCUUGCGUCAGCAAUUGACGUAUUUUCCUCAUAGCUAUGCCUUCCUCGAAUAUAUCACGGCGGCGAUCUCAUAGCGCCCGGGCGGGCUGCAAUUUGCGCGCACCUCCGAGAUUCUAGGCGUCUGUCUAGGCCUACGAGCGUCACCCGCUUCGAGAGUUCUGAGGCGUCUGCUUAUGAGACGUCUCGAAAGUCACACCACGCGCUUGAGGUCUACCUAGGUAGGUGUAUGUCAGGGAAUUUCUGAAGCCAGCGCGCAUAAAAAGUCGCGGAAGCCUUUUCUGUCGACGCAUCUUCUCUCCUCUGCUCUCUUGCUCGCUCGAUACCACUUUCUCGGCUCUCAAAUCUCGUCUCUUGCUCUGCUUUCUUGCUCGCACUGAAUUUCAAAGGCGUUGAUCCUCGCCGCCCAAAUUUUCAAUUUCACCAUGACAGCGCGCCCUAUUUGCGUCUCCUUCCUCCUCCUCGUCCCCCUCCUCCUCGCGUUCCUUCGCGUUUCCACUGCUCAACCCGUGCCCUCAAAUCCCAUCGGCAGCAGCAGCAGCAGCAGCAGCAGCAGCAUCGGCACCAGCAGCACUGCUGCCUAUCCUGCGGUUUCUGUUGCUGUGGUUGGUAUGCGGCGAGGCGUGGGAGGGAUGGUGCGGGGAGGGGGGAUGCCCUUGCCUUCCGCUGUCACCACUCUUGGCGACCCCGCCGCAGUCACGAUUCCUGGCCCCGCCACCACGGUUUCCGCCACAAGCGGCAGCAGCGGAGCCGGCGGGCCAGGGGAAGCAGAGUUUCAGCCGCUGCCGAUUCGACCACCACCGAUGACGUCCUCCGCUCCCGCCGGACCCGCAAAUGCUGCUGGUGCUUCCGCUGGAAGUGGCCCCGCGAAUUCCGCUGGUACUGGUGCUGCAGCAGCAGCUGGUGCAAUGGUGGGAGGCAUGGGAGGCAUGGCGGCCGGAGCGGCGACAGGUGGGGUGAUGGCGGCAACGAAAGGUGCAGUUGCAACCAAAGGCGGCAAGGGGAAGGGGUGGAAGGUAGGGGAGGCGGCAGCUGUCACGGCUGCAGCUGCUGCUGUCGGAGGGGGGAUGGGGGCGCUAGGCAGAGCGCUAGGGGGAGGCUUGGCGGGAGGUUUGGGGGGGCUUCCGCUCCUCCCCGUCCCUCUCCCUGCUCUUCCUUCACUUCCAUCUGUGACCAUCCCCACUCUCCCAACUGCUGCGCUUCCUCCCCUUCCCUCUGCUGCUCUUCCCCCCCUCCCUUCUUCUGCUCUUCCCCCCACCCCUUCUGCUGCCCUCCCCCCCAUCCAGCCUGGUGCGGCCCCUCCCUCCUCCAUCCCGCUCCCUCUCCCUUCCCUCGCUGCCACCACCACCUCUACCCCCAUGUCUCUCCCUUCCCCCGCUGCAAACACCACCUCAGCCCCCAUGUCUCCCCCUUCCCCCGCUGCCAACGCCACCUUGACCCCACCGUCUUUCCCCUCCGCCGCUGCCAACACCACCUCUGCCCCCAUGUCUCUCCCUUCCCCCGCUGCCAACACCACCUCUACCCCCAUGUCUCUCCCUUUCCCCGCUGCGAACACCACCUCUACCCCACCUCCCCCCGCCCCCUCUGCCAACACCACCACUACCCCGCCUCUCCCCUCCACUGGCACAUCACCUUGAAGAAUCUCAGUUGCUAGCUAUACAAUACUCCGUUCACUUGCGGGUUGGAUGUACAAGUGUAUCACACUUCAGAUUAUAUUAGCACUGUUGUUGUCUAUACUUAUGUAAAUUUCUAGCUUGUUAU